AUGGAAGACCGCCGCCUGCCAGAUCUGCAUCACGUCGAGCUCAAACUGGGGCGCAAAGUCCCCGAGAGCCUCGUGCGCUGCUUGCGGGGGGAGGAGCCGGAAGCCGGCCGCGCCGAGAAGGACGGCGGCGAGCGGCCCAGCGGAGGGCCGGGGCCCGCUCCCGCCGGCUUCCCCACCUCCUCGGCCCCGAGAGCCCCCAUCGUACUCCGCGGCAACAGCUCCAGCGCCAUAGAGCGGCUGGAGACCAAGCUCCACCUCCUCCAUCAAGAAAUGGUUGAUCUCCGAGCCACCGACAUUAAGCUCAUGCGCCAGCUGCUGGUCAUCAAUGAAAGCAUUGAAUCGAUCAAGUGGAUGAUGGAAGAGAAAGGAGCCAUCCCCAGCAGAGGCAGCAGCCUGAGCGGCAGCUUCUGCAGCCUGCUGGAGAGUCAAGAGACCUCUUUGAGAGGCAGCUACAACAGUUUGCAGGACAGUAGUGACGGACUAGAUGGCAUCUCCGUGGGAAGUUAUUUGGACACUUUGGCAGAUGAUAUCCCUGGGCGACACACUCCUUCAGACAUGGACCAGUUCAGUGACUCUUCUUUUAUAGAUGACUCACAGUCCUUACAUAAAUAUCCCAAGCUUGAGUCUGAUGAGUACUACUGCUUUGGUUAAUUAAAGAAGAAGAAGCUUAAUGACGGACAAACAUGCACUUGUAUUUAUGACUUUUCCAUGCUGCUAUUUGUGUUAAGCAAUUUAAAAGCACCUUUAU